GCCCAGGCAAAGCUCGCGCUCGACUACCACAACCAGUGGCGCGCGCAGUUCGGUGUCCCCGCGCUUCAGUGGGACGCCGGGCUCGCGCAGAAGGCCGCAAACGCCAUGGGCACAUGCAAGUGGGAGCACAUUGGUGCUGACAACCUCUCGGCCCUGUGGGGCUCGGGCAGCGUCAACUUCCCCGUGCACAAGCUCAUCGCCGGCUGGGCCAACGAGUGGCGUCUCUACGACUGGAACAACCCCGGCUUCUCCAUGGAGACCGGCCACUUCACCGCCAUGACCUGGAAGGCCGUGACCAAGGUCGGCUGUGGCUGGAAGAUC